AUGUAUCUGCUCAAGAGUUACGAUUCCGAGAUCCAUUCUCCCAACGAGAUGGUCAUCGACAGCCACGAUGACCUCGUCCCGGCUGAGAACGAGAAGGAGCAGGUCGUCGACAUCAACCCCGAUGGCUUGGACAACGAUGUAGAGCCCCGAGAGGGUGCCAUCCUCGCGACCGACCAUGAGGCUAUAAAAGAGAUUGUGCUCCCGCCUCUGUUGGAAGAGCCCAGAAUACUAGAGGAUGCCGUUAACACAUGGGUCGUGGAGAACUGGAGAGGCAUACAGUCCAAGAAAGAGCAUGGGCCGAUAUUCCAGGCCGGCGGAUUCCCAUGGCGCAUCCUCCUUUUUCCUUUCGGCAACAAUGUCGAUCAAUGUUCGAUAUACCUCGAGCAUGGCUUCGAGGACCCCAGCACAAUCCCCGACGACUGGAGCUGUUGUGUGCAAUUUGGCUUGGUCAUGUCUAACAUCAAUGACCCGUCUCUGUUCGUUCAUCAUACAGCGCACCACCGCUUCACCAAGGAGGAAAGCGACUGGGGCUUCACGAGAUUCCUUGAGCUACGCCGAAUGUUCCAGUCCGAAUGGGACAACUCCGGCCGCAUAUUGGCCGAGAACGACACCGUGGCCCUCACGGCGUACGUCCGGAUCGUCGAGGACGAGACGGGCGUCCUUUGGCACAACUUUAACAACUACGAUUCAAAGAAGGAAACUGGUUAUGUCGGCCUCAAGAACCAAGGCGCGACCUGCUACCUCAACUCCCUCCUGCAGUCUCUGUACUUCACUAACGCUUUCCGGAAAGCCGUAUAUCAGAUCCCUACGGCCGAAGAUGAAAGUACCACCAACAGCGCUUAUACAUUACAGAGGCUGUUCUACCAGUUGCAGACGUCGAACAAUGCUGUAGGGACUAACGAGCUGACCAAAUCUUUCGGUUGGGACACCCGCCACAUUUUCGAGCAACAGGAUGUUCAGGAGCUCUCACGGAAGUUGAUAGAGCGCAUGGAGGAGCGCAUGAAAGGCACUGCUGCCGAGGAUUUCCUUCCCCGCAUGCUCAGCGGAAAGGUCAAGACAUAUGUUUCAUGCAUCGACGUUGACUAUGAAUCCAGUCGCGUUGAGGAUUUCUGGGACAUUCAGCUGAACGUCCGGGGCAACCCUACCCUCGAGGACAGCUUCAAGGACUAUAUUCAACAAGAAACUCUCGAUGGCGAGAACAAGUACUGGGCGGGCGAUGACUUCAAGUACCAGGACGCCCACAAGGGUGUCAUAUUUCAGAGCUUUCCCGAGGUGCUCCAUCUGCAUCUCAAGAGAUUUGAAUAUGACAUCCAGCGCGACGCCAUGAUGAAGGUCAAUGACCGCUUCGAAUUUCCAGAUGUCUUUGACGCAGCACCAUAUCUCGAGAAAGGUGCGGAUAUGUCCGAGUCUUGGCGGUACAAGCUUCACGGUGUACUGGUGCACAGCGGAGAUCUUAAUGCGGGCCACUACUAUGCAUUCCUGAAGCCGGAAAAGGACGGCUGGUUCUACAAGUUCGAUGACGACAAAGUUACGAGGGCUACGAUCCGUGAGACGCUAGAGGAGAACUACGGCGGUGAAUAUCGUACAUCGCAGGGUCCGUACCGCACGGCGACGUCCAAAAAGACCAUCAUGAGACAGAUGAACGCAUACAUGUUGGUCUAUAUUCGAGAGUCUCGCCUAGACCACGUCUUGACCCCCGUCGGACAAGAAGACACCCCCGCCCACCUACAGAAGAGACUAGAAGAGGAGGCAGCAGCGCGUGAGGCUAAGAAGAGAGAGCGUGAGGAACAGCACCUCUACUGUCCCGUCAAGGUCGUGACUCCGAAUACUUUUGAGCACCACGGCGCCACUGACCUCACGAACUUUGAUGGCGAUCCGAAAGAGGACCCUGCCGCCCCAAGGUUCUACAAGAUGAAGAAGAAGGCUUCGAUGGAGGAGCUCUUGGCGACGAUUGCCCAAGACAUUGGCCAAGAUCCCCGGCGACUGCGCUUGUGGAUCAUGGUCAACCGGCAAAACAAGACUACAAGACCCGACCAACCAAUCAUGGAUUUGAGACCUACCGUCGAGGAGACCUUUGCGCGAUCUGCCAGCACCAGUCGCGACUAUUCGCUUCGUCUCUGGGUCGAGGUCGCCGAGGAAGUUAAUGACCAAGGGGAGGCCGUUUGGCCAACCUACCAAGGUAAUGCGAACGGCGUCGUUGUCAAAACAGAUCUCAUCCUUCUGUUCCUCAAGUUUUUCGACCAGGAGAAGCAGGCUCUACAGGGUCUCGGCCAUGUCUAUAUCAGUAAGGAGAAGAAGGUCGAAGAUCUGGUUCCUCUGAUCUGCAAGAAGAUGGGCUGGGGGGAUAAACUCCCCUCGGGCGAACAACUUGCCAUGUGGGAGGAGAUCAAGCCACAGAUGAUCGAGCAGCUCAAGGCAAAGCAGACAUUAAAAGCGGCAGAACUACAGGACGGUGACAUUGUUUGUUUCCAGCGAGUGCCAGAGCGAAAAUCAGGCGAGGCUCUUACCAAGGCUCCCAAAGCUACUGAUCAGCCUGCGAAUGGCGCCGCCAAGAGAUGGGAUCAUUUUGACGAUGCGCGAGAGUAUUACAACUUCCUCCUAUACAAGCGGGAAGUGCGCUUCUGGCCACAUCCUACUCGGUGCGACAAGGAGUACGAAAGCUUCAUCUUGACGAUGCCUGCUACUAUCGGGUACGAUCAACUUGCAGAACGCGUGGGCGAGCGAUUGAACAUCGACCCGACACAUCUUCGGUUCUUCACCGUUAAUGCGUCCACUGGCAACCCCAAGACGCCCGUCCGACGAGCAGCUCAGAUGAACCUCCAGCAGAUUCUCAAUCCUUCCAAUAACUACCCGACCAAUGCUCAAACGAAACAAGAUGCACUCUACUUUGAGGUCUUGGAGAUGAGUCUGGCAGAGCUGGACAACAAGAAGAAUGUCAAGGUUACCUGGUUGUCUGAGGGAAUCACGAAGGAGGAAACUUAUGACGUCCUCGUUAACAAAGCAGGGCACAUCGAGGAUCUUAUUCAGGCACUUAUCAAGAAAGCACAGCUCAAGGAUGAGAUGGAAGAAGGACGUAUACGAGUCUACGAGACUCAUCACCACAAGUUUUUCCGAGAACUCACACUCAACUACCCCGUCCUGAGCAUUAACGACUAUGUCGACGUUGUUGCGGAGCGCAUCCCAGAGGAAGAGAUAGGCGCCGACGAGCGUGACUUUAUCAAGGUCCAACACUUCCAGCAAGACCCCAGCAGAACACAUGGCGUGCCCUUCAAGUUUUUACUGAAAGAGGGCGAACCAUUCUCGGAGACUAAGAAGCGCCUGGAGAAACGAACAGGCAUCAAGGGCAAAGCCUUUGAGAAGAUCAAGUUUGCAUUAGUCAAGCGAUAUGGGAAGCUGACGUACUUGGAAGAUGAUCAAAUUCUCUUUGAGGAGGGCGGUUUUGAUGAUGACAUGUCUCUUGGGUUGGAUCACGUUGACAGAACGAGGAGUACCCGAAACGGCCAAGAAAUGUUCCUCAAGUAA